GCUUGUUUUGAAAAUUCUUGGUGAGAAGAAUUAUUACUAACUUGACUUCUUUUUUAAGAAUAGUACAAGUGGUAUGUCAUCUUCCACGUACGUACUAAUUGUAAUUUGUAAUUGAAUAGUCAAUGCGCGUCCUCUUCAUCCUUGCGUCCUUAUUCCAUGGCCGGCCGGAGAUUCUCUUUCAUGCAAAUAUUAACAAAGCAGUCUUGAUCAUUAAGUAAAACUAGCUAGCUUGCUCCAGUAUGCUGGUUGGUUAAUUACCAUGAAGAAGCUGAUGAAUAUGGCUGUUUUUGAUGAACCACUAACAUUUGUUAUCCUGCGUCUACUUAUUAGCAUCAUCCUCAUCACGUCAUUUGCCGUCCACCCUUCCUUUUGUACUACUACUGCUACUGCUACUGAUCAUGAAGACAUGAAGAACAGCACCAGCAACAACAGUACUCGUAGCGGCUGGAUUCUUGCUACUUGUUUAGCUGAUUAUGGGGUCAACAAUUUCACCCUCUUCCCAAGUUAUCAUCAUCUUGGUCAAGACGCCAAGCUUUAUUACACCUUCCUCGAUUUCUCCAUAACCAACCUUAGGUUCGCCCAACCCUCCGUACCUAAGCCAGCUGCAAUUAUUAUGCCCCAGACCAAAGACCAACUAGUCAACACCCUCCUGUGCUGUAGGGGCAACUUAGGAGGAGGAUCUUUUGAGAUCAGGGUCCGGUCCGGGGGACACAGCUACGAGGGCACUUCCUCAGUUGCUACUGAUGGCUCUCCCUUCGUCAUCAUCGACCUCAUGAAUCUGAACCGGAUUUCUGUGGAUUUGGAGUCCCAAACGGCGUGGGUGGGGGGAGGUGCCACCCUGGGCCAAACUUACUAUGCUAUUUCCGAGGCCAGCAGAGAUCGUGGCUUCUCAGCUGGGUCUUGCCCGACGGUGGGGGUUGGAGGGCACAUCUCAGGAGGGGGUUUCGGUUUCCUGUCCAGGAAAUACGGGGUGGCAGCUGAUAACGUGGAGGAUGCGCUCCUGGUGGAUGCAGCUGGACGGGUCUUGGACAGGGAAGCCAUGGGAGAGGAAGUGUUCUGGGCUAUGCGGGGAGGCGGUGGAGGGAUUUGGGGGAUCAUUUACGCCUGGAAGAUCAAGUUAGUCGAGGUCCCUCGAACCGUGACGGCUUUCACAUUGUCCCGACCUGGCACCAAAAACUACGUGGGGAGGCUUGUGGAGAAGUGGCAGCACGUCGCACCAAAGCUGAGUGAUGACUUUUACCUAUCAGUUACAGUUUCCCUAGCUUCGGAUUCGUCGGAAGGGCUUCCGCCAACUAUCCUAGUAUCAGCGACAUUCAGUGGGCUUUUCCUGGGUACUAAAAGGGAAGCUUUGUCCGAAUUGAUCAAGGUUUUUCCGGAGCUACGUCUCCGAGAAAGAGACUGCAAGGAAAUGAGCUGGAUCGAGUCCGUAGUUUAUUUCUCUGGGUUGGAGCCCGCCGGAAACAGCAGCACCGUGAAAACCUCUCAGCUGAGAGAUCGUUACUCGCCAAACAAAUCAUUUUUUAAGGCUAAAUCAGACUACGUGAGGACCCCGAUUUCCAGGGCCGGAAUAAGGACAGCCCUUGACAUGCUACAGAAAGAACCAAAAGGGUACGUGAUCUUCGAUCCUUAUGGGGGAUUCAUGGAAAGGACCAGCAGCGAAUCCAUCGCUUUCCCUCACAGACGAGGCAACCUUUUCUGCAUCCAAUACAUGGUGCACUGGGAGGAAAAGGACGACCAAGGGAGCAACGGGUACAUCCACUGGAUAAGAGGAUUCUACAGUGCAAUGGGGCCUUUUGUUUCCUCCGCUCCCAGAGCCGCCUACGUCAAUUACCUGGAUCUUGACCUCGGAGUCAUGAACACCAGCAACAGCGACAAAGAAAGUGCAGAUGGCGCCGUGGAAAGGGCCAGAGCUUGGGGUGAGAAGUACUUCUUGGGUAACUAUGAUAGGCUAGUGAAAGCGAAAACUCGCAUUGAUCCCCUCAACGUCUUUAGGAAUCAACAGGGCAUUCCUCCCUUGCCCGCUGCCAAUUGAUUAUCCAAGACUGCCAUGUAUAUCAGUAUAUGUACUACAUAAAUAAUGAUACAGUGCAUUAACAACACGAUUCAAUAAUGUGUUUCUGCUGGAUUAAUAAUAUGAUUCUAUUGAAAAAUUAUUUGGGUCAAA